AUGGUCACACCGCAUGGGGGUCCGCCCCUGGACACUCCGAGCCCUAGUGAUGAUAUCGUUCAUCGCCAUCGCGUCCCUCCGCCACACCUGACCCUGAACAACAAUAUUAAUAAUAACACUAGUGGUUCAAAUGAUCGCCACAACCUGACUCCAAACCCAGCGCUGUCUCCGACGUCUCCUGCGAAGCCUACCAAAUACAUUCCUUACAGUCCACGUCUGGCCCGGCCUAGCCUGGAUCAACUCUCCUACAACACUGAAACCUCCCUCCACAACACCCCGUCGCGAAAUGAAGAGCUCUAUUUCAAUACACCUGUAUCAGAUCCCAUGUCCUCUCGCCACGACAUACCAAUUGCCAGCUCGCCGCCGGCCAAAACCUCAAGAUUUCCCAACAAGCAUGAGGAGCAAGAGCAAGAAGCCGCUUGGCCGUUACCGAUGACCGAUGCUGCGCAGAGCAUCAACAGCGUGCCUCGGAUGCGGCCAACGCGAACAGGCUUACGGAUAUCCAUGUCAACGUCUUCCCUGAAUGGAAGACGUCGUUCGCCUCAUCCCGAUCGCCAAUAUGCGGAUAUGAGCGCCGCCAGCAGACCCCUACCCCGAUUCCCACCUCGCGUUACCCCUGAUCUUAUGCAGUAUAAUGAUCCACUACGCUCCAGCCAGACAUCGGGUCAAACGUCAUACUCGAGUUUCGAACAAAUGAGUGGGACCGAACGGAGCAGCAUUGCGACCAAAACUAGCUCCAUCACCGAUAUGUCGCCGGACACCCCGAACGGCUAUUUUGGAGAAGAUGAAGAUAUGACUGUUGAGGAUGCAAUUGGCAUGUAUCUUGACGAUAUCAUCGAUCUCCCUGAAGAUUCGACAUCUACUCACUCUGUACCACCCGGCGGCGAGCUAGAUGUCAUAGCCGAAAAUAUAUACUCACCUACCAAACGCACCUCCGUCGCUUCGCUAAAUCCUGGGCCUGAAGUUCCGGUAAUGGAAAAACAAGAGGUACUUUCUGGACAUAAUCAAAGUCCGUCACAUGAUCAAUCAGUGGACGAGCUAGAGACGAAAGAUGAACAGAAAACUGCCGACGACUCAAACGAACAAUUCGAACAGCGGCAAGAAGUGGAAGCAUCGCGAUCGACUGGAUCAUCGCAACCAACGGUAGAGCCAGUAGGACCGGCAGACAACGAAACCGCUUCUCCAAAAUCGACAGGGUCCAGACAACAAUCCUCUAAAAACCUCUCUAUCAACGUCUCUGCGACUCUCAAAAUGGAUACAACUAAAGCCGUGAAUCAACCAAUACCUAGCCCCCGUUAUUCAACCGUGGUACGUGUCGCAGGAAAAGUUCCGCCUUCAUUUCUUCCGGGCACUGACGACCGCGAUCGCUAUGGUUUUCGCAAAGUCACUCACCAUGUUUCAAGAGAACAAUUUGAAGCUUGGCACAAGCCGUACGCCGCGUCGGCGGAGCAUCGUCGGCUGAAAUGGGUCAAAUUGAUGGAGUCCUCCGGGUUGCCGACUGAGUGUCCUGUUACGUUCCCUCCCAAAUCUAACGUGCUCAAGAGAUUCGUCCGAAAGGGCAUUCCAAGCGAAUACCGAGGUGCCGCCUGGUUCUAUUACGCGGGAGGCUAUCAACACAUGCAUCCGAACCCGGGCCACUAUGCUAAAUUAGUGCAGGAAGCCAUGUCUUCAUCCAUCAACACUGACAAAGAGCACAUUGAACGCGACCUUUAUCGGACUUUCCCGGAUAAUGUUCACUUCAAACCAGAGAUGUCGGCGGACUUGGCGGGCAUUGAUACUGCGGGAAGCGAUAUUCCUAAGCAUAGCUCAGUUAUAAUUGAGACCCAAAUGAUCAGGUCUCUGCGACGGGUGCUCUAUGCAUUUGCGCUUCACAAUCCCCGUAUUGGAUACACGCAAUCGCUGAACUUCAUCGCUGGGAUGCUGCUUCUCUUCCUACCAGAAGAAAAAGCUUUCUGGAUGCUUCAUAUAAUAACCACUGAGUUGUUUCCGGGUACGCAUGAGAUUAGCCUCGAGGGCGCCAAUGUGGAUAUGUGGAUCUUGAUGGUCUUGUUGAGAGACAACCUACCACAUGUCUACACCAAACUGGUCACAACCACGCCGACAACGGCAAAGGGCAAAGCUCCCGCAUUGACUGUCAAUACGCGAUUGCCUGACAUCACACUUGGUCUCACUAACUGGCUCAUGUCAAUGUUCAUUGGCAGUCUACCGUUGGAAACGACUCUGCGGGUAUGGGACUGCUUCUUCUACGAAGGAUCCAAGACUUUCUUCCGGGUUGCAUUGGGAAUCUUCAAGGCUGGCGAACGGGAGAUCCUGUCGGUAUCAGAUCCGAUGGAGGUCUUUCAGAUUGUUCAGACCAUUCCGAAGAAGUUGCUUGAUGCCAAUGCAUUGAUGGAAGAAAGUUUGAGCCGGAAAUACCGUAUGGGCCAGGCGCGCAUUGAUUUACUGCGUGACCAGCGGAGAGAAGCUGUGCGUCAGGAAAAGACGCGGCUGUCAUUGUUCACAAGCAAGGGCUUAGGGCAGGAUCGACCAGCCACUCGGACCGGAGCCAGAAGCCCUAUUCCUCGUCUAGAUGGAUGGCGAGCUAUCAAAAAGAAUACAUUCAAUUAGAACUCUUUCGAAUCAUUUUUUUCACCUCGUUACUUUCGAUUCUUUGUGUCAUCAUUGCAUACGAUACUCUUGGGAUGAGGUAUCUGAGCGUAUAGGCGUUGAUACCCUGGUUGGUUGAUUUUCAUUUCAUUCCCUCCUUUUGGGACGUUCUUUGCAUGUAAAUUCAUUGUACCUCUUGUCUGCACCCGGGGGGGGGAUUGGCUUUCGACGGGUAGAUGAGGUGGUAUAUGUUCGAGUUACCUAUUGGGAAAAGUUGGAAAACGGCUUGAUGCUUCCAAGCGGUUAGAUAGAUUUGGAAUCUGAUCUAUGACUGAAAACACUUCUCG